AUGCCUUUCACCGCCUCUGAUAUCUGCAAGAUCAUCUUUGCCAUCAUCCUGCCCCCUCUGGGUGUCUUCCUGGAGCGCGGAUGUGGUUCUGAUCUCCUGAUCAACAUCUGUUUGACCAUCCUUGGUUGGAUCCCUGGUAUCAUUCACGCCAUUUACAUUAUUUUCAAAUACUAG